UGGUUUGUAGUCGGGUACCUGUAGCGUUCACCUUCAGGUAUUGUUUUUGUGAAAGUCAGGAUUUGUUGUAGAAUAUUUUCCCGACGUUUAUCAGAAUUGACGCUCCAGAAUCAGCGAUGUCCAGUAACAAAAGCCAGUCGGGAAAUGUGGAGAAUGACAGCGCUUUAGCAAGAUCGCCGUCAGCUGAAAAGUACACAUCAGAGACUGAUGCCAUUAAUCGAAGUUUACUUGCCCCAGAGAAUCCUAAUGAGGAGUAUAAGAUGAACCAUAAGAGAAGAGGAAUCGCUCUGAUCUUCAACCAUGAAAGUUUCUUCUGGCAACUAAGGCUGAACAACCGCAAUGGCACGAACGCAGACAAUAGCAAUCUCAUUAGAAGAUUUGAUGAGCUGGGUUUUGAUGUGAGGGCUUACGAAAAUCAGAAACGUGAUAAAGUUCUGGAAAUACUCGAAGGAGUUGCUGCUGCAGAUCAUGUGGAUGCAGAUUGUUUUGUCUGCAUCUUUUUAAGUCACGGAGAAAAUGGCCACGUGUUUGCCUAUGAUGCCCAGAUUGAUGUUCAAGAAAUGACUGCUCUGUUCAAGGGGGAUAAGUGCCGUAGCCUUGUAGGGAAACCCAAAAUCUUCAUCUUACAGGCUUGCCGUGGUGACAAACACGAUGAGGCUGUGACACCGCUGGAUGUGGUUGACAACGAGAUGGCCAAUGAGGUAGUAGUGGAUGCAGGGGUGGCAUGCACUCUUCCAGCAGGGGCAGAUUUUAUUAUGUGCUACUCAGUGGCUGAAGGAUACUACUCUCACCGUGAGGUCAUCAAUGGCUCGUGGUAUAUCCAGGAUCUGUGCGAAAUCCUAAGACGCUAUGGUUCCACACUAGAGUUUACUGAGCUCCUGACACUAGUAAACAGAAAAGUUUCCUACCGCAGUGUGGCCAAUUGCAGAGAUCUAAGUGCUAUAGGCAAAAAGCAGGUGCCAUGCUUUGCAUCCAUGCUCACUAAGAAGCUGUUUUUCAAGCCUAAGACAGAAAAAUAAUCAUGUCAGCAAUCAAUUCAGAGAUUUGGGGAAAAAAAUACUUUCUGUGAUCCUACAUAUAUUAACAUGAUCCCCCCUCUUAGUUAUGUGGUUUGACUUGUUUUAGCCUAAUGGUUUGAUGGUUAGGGUUACAAAGGGCAAGUAUUAUUUUAAGUUUCAUUUAUAAAUUAAUAAUGAUUUUUAUUUUUAAAUAGUUAGAUUCACUUUAGGAAGUGAAAUUUAUCAGGGAAAAGAUUAGGUCCCACUUUAUAUUAGUUGUCAUUAAAUAUAUGUGCUUACAUAAAAAUGUAUUCAAUAUACCAGUUGUACAUACAUUUGUACUUAUAUUUGAGUACAUAGAAUGUAAAAACAUGUAAAAUAAAGUGGGAAAAAAUAGUAAAAUUUAUCAUGUAAUUUACAUCUAUUUGUCCAAAAACUGCUUCAACUAAAAAGAUAAUAGUUUGAUCAUUUAAUCAUUAUGUGGCACUUUUUUGCCUGACUGAGAAAAAACAAGAUCGUCCAGUCACACAGCUAAAUAACUUGUAGAUCAUCUUUAAGCACACACCUGCAUAGUUACCAGCUAUCCAUACACUACAUGUACUCGAAAAGGAAUUUACGUUUUUUGCCUGUAAUGUGAAUAUAUGUCCUAAAUGUGGAAAGACUCGACUAGAGAUAUAGCCAUUUCUUUACAGGGGGCCAAAAAUACGCUUUCUCAGGAUUUUGUGUGGCAGGGCAUAUUGUAUUGGCACAUUUUUUGUUUUGAUAAGAAUAAUGUAAUUGUAUGGCAAACUGAAUGUCAAAUAUAGCAAAAAGUUUUGUAGCAUUGUUUGCACAAAUGGAAAGAUAAUGAUAACUUUGUUAACCGUUUACAUCCCUGUAUAAAAUUCUGUACUCUAUUUAAAUGUCUGAGAAAAUAUACUUAUGUGAAUGUCAUGCGCUCUAUAAAGCUACGCUUACCCCAGUACUUUGACUGCGUUGUAUCCAGUUGCCACAUGGAACAUUGAAACUUAAUGAAUAAUAUAAUGAUUAAUAAAGUAAUUUAUUUUAAUUUCA